GUAGCAGUACUAGAGUAGCUUUGCUUUGGUUUCUUUCCCUUUCCUCUUAAGUUGCUUAAACCUUCAGCACUCUUCUUCUUCUUCUCUCUCUCUCUCUCUCUCUCUCUCUCUGCGCGGCCUUAGAUUCUGAAUCGCAAGGUUAUGCUUCUCUGUUUUCGCCGGUAGAGUGAUUGAGCUGUGAGGUUUUGAUCGGUUGCUAAGAGCAAUGUCGUCGUCGAGAGCGGGGCCGGAUCAGGGGCCGCCGCCGCAGCGGCGUAUCCAGCGGACGCAGACAGCUGGAAACCUCGGGGAGGCGGCUUUCGACAGUGAGGUGGUGCCGUCAUCGCUUGUCGAAAUCGCUCCCAUUCUUCGUGUGGCCAACGAGGUCGAAUCGCACAAUCCCAGAGUUGCUUAUCUAUGUCGAUUUUAUGCCUUUGAGAAAGCUCAUAGGUUGGAUCCCACUUCUAGUGGACGUGGUGUUCGUCAGUUCAAAACUGCUCUUCUUCAACGUCUUGAAAGGGAGAAUGAUCCAACUCUUAUGGGAAGGGUAAAAAAAAGUGAUGCACGUGAAAUGCAGAGCUUCUAUCAACACUAUUACAAAAAAUAUAUUCAAGCUUUGCAAAAUGCGGCCGAUAAAGCUGACCGCGCACAACUUACCAAGGCAUACCAGACUGCCAAUGUUCUAUUUGAGGUUUUAAAGGCUGUUAAUAUGACGCAAUCUAUGGAAGUUGAUCGUGAGAUUUUGGAAGCUCAUGGUAAAGUUGCAGAAAAGACAGAGCUAUUGGUUCCUUACAAUAUCCUUCCACUUGAUCCUGAUAGUGCAAAACAAGCAAUUAUGACAUACCCAGAGAUUCAAGCUGCUGUUUUUGCUCUUCGUAACACCAGGGGUCUUCCUUGGCCUAAGGAAUACAAAAAGAAAAAAGAUGAGGAUGUUCUUGAUUGGCUGCAGUCAAUGUUUGGGUUUCAGAAGGACAAUGUGGCGAAUCAACGGGAGCACCUGAUAUUGUUACUUGCAAAUGUGCACAUAAGGCAGUUUCCAAAGCCUGAUCAACAGCCCAAGUUGGAUGACCGUGCCCUGACAGAAGUGAUGAAGAAGCUUUUCAAGAAUUACAAAAAAUGGUGCAAGUUCUUGGGCCGGAAAAGUAGCCUUUGGUUACCAACCAUACAGCAAGAGGUGCAACAGCGCAAGCUGCUUUACAUGGGUCUAUAUCUUUUGAUAUGGGGGGAAGCUGCAAAUUUGAGAUUCAUGCCAGAAUGCCUUUGUUACAUUUAUCAUCAUAUGGCAUUUGAAUUGUAUGGUAUGUUAGCUGGGAAUGUGAGUCCAAUGACAGGAGAAAAUGUGAAGCCAGCCUAUGGAGGUGAAGAAGAGGCUUUCUUGAAAAAAGUUGUGACUCCUAUCUAUAACGUGAUUGCCAGGGAAGCUGAUUGGAGCAAACGAGGGAAAUCAAAGCAUUCCCAGUGGAGGAACUAUGAUGAUAUAAAUGAAUACUUUUGGUCAGUGGAUUGUUUCCGGUUGGGUUGGCCGAUGCGUGCAGAUGCUGAUUUCUUUUGCUUGCCUAGUGAACGACUUAGUUUUGAUAAAAAUAGUGAGGAUAGCAAACCAGCUAGUGGAGAUCGAUGGGUGGGGAAAGUUAACUUUGUUGAGAUACGGUCAUUCUGGCAUAUCUUUAGAAGCUUUGACCGCAUGUGGAGUUUCUUUAUUCUAUGUUUACAGGUUAUGAUAAUUGUUGCUUGGAAUGGCUCGGGCCAACCCACAUCAAUAUUUUCUGCCGAUGUAUUCAAGAAAGCUUUGAGCGUCUUUAUAACUGCUGCAAUAUUGAAGCUUGGGCAAGCUGUUCUAGAUGUAAUUCUUAGCUGGAAGUCUAGGCGGAGUAUGUCAUUCCAUGUUAAGUUGAGAUAUAUUGCUAAGGUCAUUUCAGCUGCUGCAUGGGUAAUAAUUCUACCGGUUACUUAUGCGUAUACUUGGGAAAACCCUCCUGGGUUUGCUCAGACCAUUAAAGGUUGGUUUGGCAGUAAUAAAAAUGCGCCCUCCUUGUUCAUCUUGGCUGUUGUUAUCUACUUGUCACCGAAUAUGCUGGCUGGGGUGUUGUUUCUUUUCCCAUUUAUUCGCCGAUUCCUUGAGAGAUCAAACUAUAGGAUUGUGAUGCUUAUGAUGUGGUGGUCACAGCCUCGUCUCUAUGUUGGGAGGGGAAUGCAUGAGAGCACAUUUUCUCUUUUCAAGUACACGAUGUUUUGGGUUCUUCUUAUAGUGACAAAGUUGGCAUUCAGUUACUACAUAGAGAUAAAGCCUUUAGUGGGUCCAACAAAAGCUAUCAUGAAUGUACGUAUAACGAAUUUCCAGUGGCAUGAGUUCUUUCCCCGUGCAAAGAACAAUAUCGGUGUUGUGAUUGCACUCUGGGCUCCAAUUAUCCUGGUCUAUUUUAUGGAUACCCAGAUUUGGUAUGCAAUAUACUCGACAAUAUUCGGAGGUAUUUAUGGUGCAUUCCGUCGCCUUGGAGAGAUACGGACACUAGGAAUGCUAAGAUCUCGCUUUGAAUCAUUGCCUGGUGCUUUUAACGCCCGUUUAAUUCCGGUGGAUAAGAGUGAGCCAAAGAAGAAAGGACUGAAGGCUACAUUGUCCCGCACCUUUGGUCAUGUUGAAGGUAGCAAAGAGAAACAGGCUGCAAGGUUUGCGCAAUUAUGGAACAAAAUAAUAAGUAGUUUCAGAGAGGAGGAUCUUAUAAGCAAUAGGGAAAUGGACCUUUUGCUUGUUCCUUAUUGGGCUGAUCGUGAUUUGGACCUCAUACAGUGGCCUCCAUUUUUACUUGCUAGCAAGAUCCCGAUAGCAUUAGACAUGGCCAAGGACAGCAAUGGCAAGGAUAAAGAGCUAACAAAAAGGAUCACGGCUGAUGAAUACAUGCAUUGCGCUGUUCGUGAAUGCUAUGCUUCAUUUAAGAACAUAAUUAAGUUUCUGGUUCAGGGGAGCCGUGAGAAAGAGGUUAUAGAUUACAUAUUUCUUGAGGUUGACAAGCACAUAGGAGAUGGUAACCUGAUCCGUGAAUUCAAGAUGAGUGCUCUUCCUAGCCUCUAUGACCACUUUGUUAGCCUUAUCAAUUUUUUGUUAAAGAAUAGUCAGGAGGACAGGGAUCAAGUUGUGAUUCUAUUCCAGGACAUGCUGGAGGUAGUGACAAGAGAUAUAAUGAUGGAGGACCAGGACCAUAUAACCAGCUUGGUAGAUUCAGUCCACGGAGGGUCGGGCCAUGAGGGGAUGAUGCCUCUUGAUCAACAUCAACAGCAUCAGUUGUUUGCAUCUGCUGGAGCUAUCAACUUUCCUCUUACACAUGUAACAGAGGCUUGGAAGGAGAAGAUUAACCGUCUUUAUCUAUUACUUACCACAAAGGAGUCUGCCAUGGAUGUGCCAUCCAACUUAGAAGCUAGAAGGCGAAUUUCUUUCUUCUCGAAUUCAUUGUUUAUGGAUAUGCCUCCAGCACCAAAAGUUCGCAAUAUGCUUUCUUUCUCUGUUUUAACUCCUUACUACACCGAGGAGGUUCUCUUUUCCAUUGAAGGUCUGGAAAAACCGAAUGAAGAUGGUGUUUCUAUUCUCUUCUACUUGCAAAAGAUUUUCCCAGAUGAAUGGAACAACUUUCUUCAGCGUGUGAAUUGCACCAACGAAGAUGAAUUGAACAACUUUCUUAAAGGGUCUGAUGAAUUGGAAGAAGAACUUCGCCUAUGGGCAUCAUAUAGAGGCCAAACUUUGACUCGUACUGUAAGAGGGAUGAUGUACUACCGGAAAGCUUUGGAGCUUCAGGCUUUUCUGGAUAUGGCCAAAGAUGACGAUUUAAUGGAAGGCUAUAAGGCCAUAGAGUUGAAUUCAGAAGAUCAAUCAAAGGGGGGAAGGUCACUAUGGGCGCAAUGUCAAGCAGUAGCUGAUAUGAAAUUCACAUAUGUGGUUUCAUGCCAACUGUAUGGGAUUCAAAAGCGAUCUGGUGAUCAUCAUGCACAAGACAUUCUGAGGCUCAUGACAACAUACCCGUCAUUACGAGUGGCAUAUAUUGAUGAGGUUGAAGAACCUAGCAAAGAUAGGGCUCAGAAGAUAAACCAAAAGGCUUAUUAUUCUACUUUAGUAAAGGCUGCUAUGCCAAAGUCAAUUGAUUCUUCAGAGCCAGUACAAAAUCUUGACCAGGUUAUUUAUCGCAUAAAGCUUCCGGGACCUGCUAUCUUGGGAGAGGGAAAGCCAGAAAAUCAAAACCAUGCCAUUAUUUUCACACGUGGAGAAGGCUUACAAACAAUUGACAUGAACCAGGAUAACUACAUGGAAGAAGCUUUGAAAAUGAGGAAUUUGCUACAAGAAUUUCUCAAACAUGAUGGCGUUAGGCACCCUACAAUUCUUGGACUUAGGGAGCAUAUAUUUACGGGAAGUGUUUCUUCUCUAGCUUGGUUCAUGUCAAAUCAGGAGAACAGUUUUGUUACUAUUGGUCAAAGACUAUUGGCCAACCCUCUCAGGGUUCGAUUUCAUUAUGGCCAUCCCGAUGUGUUUGAUAGGCUCUUUCACCUUAGUAGAGGGGGUGUCAGUAAGGCAUCCAAGGUUAUCAAUUUGAGUGAAGACAUUUUUGCAGGCUUUAAUUCCACUCUCCGUGAAGGCAAUGUAACUCAUCACGAAUACAUACAAGUGGGGAAGGGGAGAGAUGUCGGUCUUAACCAAAUCUCCAUGUUUGAGGCAAAAAUUGCUAAUGGCAACGGGGAGCAGACACUCAGUCGUGAUAUAUACCGACUUGGACAUCGUUUUGACUUUUUCCGUAUGUUGUCAUGCUAUUUCACCACAAUUGGUUUCUACUACAGUACUCUGAUCACUGUCCUUACAGUGUAUGUCUUCCUUUAUGGUCGCCUCUACCUGGUUCUUAGUGGACUUGAAGAAGGUUUGAGCACUCAAGCAGCAAUUCGAGAUAAUAAGCCUCUUCAAGUUGCUCUUGCUUCUCAAUCAUUUGUUCAAAUAGGGUUUUUGAUGGCUUUGCCUAUGUUGAUGGAAAUUGGCUUGGAAAAGGGUUUCCGAACUGCAUUAAGUGAAUUCGUGUUGAUGCAAUUGCAAUUGGCCCCAGUAUUUUUCACAUUCUCACUUGGGACAAAGACCCACUAUUAUGGACGGACAUUACUGCAUGGUGGUGCCAAAUAUAGAUCGACAGGUCGUGGGUUUGUGGUGUUCCAUGCCAAGUUUGCCGACAACUAUAGGCUCUACUCUCGCAGCCACUUUGUUAAGGGUAUUGAGCUCUUGAUUUUACUUGUGGUGUACCAGAUCUUUGGUCAUACUUAUAGAAGUGCUGUUGCCUACAUUUUAAUCACUGUAUCUAUGUGGUUUAUGGUGGUUACCUGGCUUUUUGCUCCCUUUCUGUUCAAUCCCUCUGGUUUUGAGUGGCAAAAGAUAGUUGAUGAUUGGACUGAUUGGAAUAAGUGGAUAAGCAACCGUGGAGGUAUAGGUGUUCCACCUGAAAAAAGUUGGGAAUCAUGGUGGGAGGAGGAACAAGAACAUCUUCAAUAUUCUGGAAAACGUGGUAUUGUAGCUGAGAUACUGCUAUCCGUACGUUUCUUUAUCUAUCAGUAUGGGCUCGUAUAUCACUUGAACAUUGCAAAGAAAACCAAGAGUGUCCUGGUCUAUGGUAUCUCAUGGCUGGUGAUCGUCCUUAUUUUGUUUGUCAUGAAGACUGUAUCUGUUGGUAGGAGAAAGUUCAGUGCUGAGUACCAACUUGUAUUCCGGCUGAUCAAGGGAUUAAUAUUCAUUACUUUUGUGUCCAUUUUGGUCACUUUGAUUGUGCUGCCUCACAUGACCCUGCAGGACAUCAUUGUUUGCAUUCUUGCUUUCAUGCCAACUGGUUGGGGGAUGCUUAUGAUUGCCCAAGCUUGCAAGCCUAUUGUUCAAAAAGCUGGUUUAUGGCCAUCAGUUCGGACUCUUGCUCGUGGCUUUGAGAUUGUUAUGGGCUUGCUUCUGUUCACCCCAGUUGCAUUCUUGGCCUGGUUUCCUUUUGUUUCAGAAUUUCAAACUCGUAUGCUCUUCAACCAAGCAUUCAGUAGAGGUUUACAGAUUUCUCGUAUUCUUGGCGGGCAACGCAAGGAUCGUUCAUCCCGGAACAAGGAGUGACCUUGCUAACAAGAUCAACAUUGAAGCGAAGUUUUUGAUUGCUACGGUCAGAAGACAAGUUUAAAAAGAUCUUGUUGUGUUGUAAUUAUGAAUAUGUUGGGGUGCAUUUUUGUUAGUUCAAUUUAACUGACUGCAACCCUGUCGAUGUUCCGAUCGUAGUAAAAAUGCAUAUAUAUCGAGUUUUUAUUUAUCUUCGUUAGGAUGAAUCAUGUCAGUCUUAGGAAGACACAAGUCAUCUAGGUUAACCUACUGUGCUUGAGCUUCGUCGCACGAGAGAAAAGAAGAUACUAGUAGAAUGUGAAGUUUGCAAUUUCAAUAUAUUGUCCAUGGUGCAUGGUGUAUUGGGCUCCAA